AUGGUGGCGGCUUGGUGGCCGGACGCCUCCUUCCCUCUGGCUGUCAGUGUGCAGGCGGUGGUGGACGGCCAGCCACGCGGCGUGGCGCUGCAGGGGCGGAUCGCCCGUUUUUUGAAAGGCAAUGGGCAUUCCUUCAGAUUUGGACUUCACACCUUUGGGGGAUCACUGCCACUGGCCGCCAGCGCCGUCAUCACCCGCUUCCGGCUGGUGGGGCCUACCGCCAUCGAGGUGCACACCAGCGCACCCGCUGCCGCGGGUGUUGCGGUGGCUGAAGGCAAGCGUGGCGGCAGCCACGGCAUGGCGGUCCAGCAGCAGCAGCAGCAGCAGCAGCAGCAGCAGCAGCAGCAGCAGCAGCAGCAGCAGCAGCAGCAGCAGCAGCAGCAGCAGCAGCAGCAGCAGCAGCAGCAGCAGCAGCAGCAGCAGCAGCAGCAGCAGCAGCAGGAUCAGGAGGAGGAGGAGGAGGUGAAGGAGCCGAAGCCGCAGCAGCAACAGCAAGAGCAGGAGCAGCAGCAGCAUCAAGGGCAGCAGCGGGAAAAGCAGCAGCAGGACCAUCAGCAGCCGCUCGUCAGAGAAGAGGAAGCCCAGGGCGGUCAGCUGUCCCCACAGGAUGCCCGUGGCAUCGCCACAGACCAGCAGAGCGGCCGGCGCAAGCGACCGCGCACGAGCAUGAGCGCAGCAGGCGCUGCUGACAGAAGCGUGAAGAGGCUUGCCGCGGCCGGCCCGUCCACGCGGGUCCCUGGGCCCAUCCAGAUGCAGCUGCCUGCGACAGCAGGCACCCCGCCUCGUCCUGAGCGGGCGCCCGCCGCCACCGCGGCCGGCGACGCAAAAACCGAAGCAGCUGCGGCGGCGGCCGCCGCCGCCUCGGGCGGCGGAGCCACAACUGCCACUGUGGGCCCAGGCACCUCAGCUGCCGCCGCCCUGGCAGCUCUCGGCCUGCCCGACAUUGCAGCGCCCGACAUCACAGGCAGCAAAGCCGCCGCUGCUGCGGGGGCGGCCCUUGCAGCGGCACAGGUGGCCCAGGAAGUUGAGAGGGCCGCCGACGCACUGCGCCUGCCGACCGGGCGGCUGUGCGCUGUAUUGACCGCGGUCAAGGCGGCAACGGCGGCGCCCGCAGACUGCCUGCUCUUUUUGGCCUUCGACUACAGGCAGCUGCGGCGCGCGUGUGGGGCGGGGGACGCGGGCCUCGUUAAGACCUGGAUGGACGGCGUGGCUGCACGUCGCGGCCCAGGCGGGUGUUGA